AUGUCGCUCCUGGGCCCGGACGAUCCCCCGGUUGACCAGAUUCUAGAGGCCAUUGACGAAAUGGCUGCGGCGCCCCAGCCGAAAGUGCUCCUCUUCGAUAUCGGGGGCGUAUGUGUAGCGUCGCCCUUUCAAGCCAUCCUCGACUACGAAAUCAGCCUCGGCAUCCCCCCCGGCUGGGUAAACUACUCCAUCUCGCGGUCCGCCCCCCACGGCUCCUGGCAAAAGCUCGAGCGGGGCGAAAUCCCCCUGGACGAGACCUUCUUCGCCAGCUUCAACGAGGACCUCCACCGACCCGACCGCUGGCGCGCCUUCUACGCCAGGGCGGCGGCCGCGAACCCCAGCCUGCCCGGGCGCGUGCCGCCGCUGCCCACGGUCGACGGGCGGAGGCUCUUCAACGACAUGAUGGCCGCGGCGCAGGCUCCCGACCCGUGGAUGUUUCCUGCGCUGCGGAAGCUCCGGCGCAGCGGGAGGUACGUCAUGGGCGCUCUCAGCAACACGGUCAUGUUCCCGCCGGGACACCGCCUGCACAGGGCGGACGUCCUUGGCGAACCCCUGAGGAGCCAGUUCGACGUGGUUGUUUCGUCGGCGCACGUGGGCCUGCGCAAGCCGGAUCCGCGGGUGUACAGGCUUGCCGUGGAUGCGCUGGAUAAGUUUGCGAGGGAGAAUGCCGGGUCGGAGAGGGGGCGGAGGGGCGGGUGGGAGAGCGGCGUGCAGGCGGGCGACGUGCUGUUUCUGGAUGACAUUGGCGAGAACCUCCGGGCCGCCAAGGAGCACGGGUUUGCCACCAUUAGGGUUCGCUUGGGGAGGGCGUACGAGGCGGUUGACGAGUUGGAGAAGGUGACGGGGCUGCAGCUCCAGGGGGGUCAUCCAAGGGUGGCGGUCCGUCAGCCCGAGAUGCGUGGUUUGCGUGGUUCAAAGGCCAACAUGUGA